CCCUUUUCAACUCUUAUAUAUUUUAAUGCUAUCGUUCCCUCUUUCUUUCUUUCUUCCUUAUUUUUUUUCCUUGUGCACACUAGGCCCCCAUCUUUACGACUCGUUAAUAUUAAAUUUCACGUGACAGAUCUUCUCUCUUUCUCUCUCCCCACCUUUUCUCCGGUAUAAACUUGGUACCAUCUGCACUCUGUUUGGUUCAUCUUCUUCCCACCGCUUCCAACAGACUCCAGCUGGUCUUGGCGAUAUCCAGACAGGAUCAGCCAUGGGUAGGGCUCCGUGUUGUGACAAAGCCAACGUCAAGAGAGGGCCAUGGUCUCCUGAUGAGGACAACAAGCUUAAGGAGUACAUCCAACAGUUUGGCACCGGGGGGAACUGGAUCGCUCUGCCGCAGAAGAUUGGGCUGAAGAGAUGCGGGAAAAGUUGUAGAUUGAGAUGGCUGAACUAUCUGAGACCCAACCUUAAGCACGGCGGCUUCUCAGAGGAAGAAGACAAUAUUAUUUGCAGUCUCUACAUCAACAUUGGAAGCAGAUGGUCUAUUAUUGCUUCCCGAUUGCCAGGGAGAACUGACAACGACAUCAAGAAUUAUUGGAACACCAAACUGAAGAAGAAGCUGCUGUGCAAAAGCAAAGAACAGAUACAAGCUAUAAGCUCAUCGUCAUUGAAUGGUAAUAAUAUGAAUAAUGGAAAGCAUCUGGAAAAGCCGCCCAUUGCGUUUUCUGAUGGUAUUAUUGGCCACCAAAACUCGUCCUGGUUUCAGCCAUGUAUUCCUUCUUUAUCAUCCACUGCAUAUCAAAGCCAAACUGCAUCAGCUUAUGACCAUUGCUCAUUCAAGACAUUGCUGGAAAUGACUGAGGUCGGGAGGUCCUCAAAUCUCGAUCAAUAUGAUAAGAAGAGAAUCCCCAGAGAGCAGCUCUACCAGUCUUGCACCAACGACUACGCUACUCUCAGCAAUGAUUUUUCUAUCAGUGAAGCCUCCAGCUCUAUCAACGAUGGGGAUCUCAACUCGCCAUUAAUGAGCCAGUACCAGAUAAAGGAGAGGACCAUGAACAACACGUUUGAGGAGGGGUCUUCUGUCAGCCUUCCUGCCGAACUAAACGACGAUAUACAGGCAUUUGAGGCACUGAACUCCUUGUAUGGACUGCAUAACACUAGCUGGUGUGGUGACCUAAGUUCGUCUUCUUGCGGUGGGUCGACUGACUUCUCUUUCCUGUCCCAGCAGCAAGAGCUAUUACCGGCGUUCGCGCUGGGACCUAAUUACUUUGUGCAAUAGAUCUACAACAUGGGUUGAUAAUGUAUAUCAGUGCUGUAAAUUCCACGAUGGUCGUCGUCUAAAACCCAGGAAACCAUUUUUAAAGCCAUUUCAUGUGA